GGCUGUAGGUCUGUCUUUGCCUCGCUCCUGCGUCUACGCGUGUGAGGAGAACUUCAAGUCCUCUCGGCAUCCCCGCAGCGUCUUACCCUCGGCGGUGACUUGUGUGGGACAGCGUCAGGCAGCCCGGGCGGCUGGGCUCCAGCUCUGCCUUUAAGCUGUGGGGUUUGGGCUCGGACGCCGCGUCUCGGCUGCAGGUGGGGCUCGCCCGGUCCGCGCUCUUUUCUCCGGGUACUUCGCGAACAAGUUUUGGAGCACCCGGAACCGCUCGCGCGUGAGAUUUGGCUUCGGGUCCCGCAGGAGGGAGAGUGAGGGACUGCACGCCGCCCUCCCCGCAGGGCAGCCAGAGGAGUUACUGUUGACAUACGCGUUUUAAAAACAGUUCUGAACAAUGGCUUCAGCAGUCCUCAGCUCUGUGCUCACAACUGCCUCUCGUUUUGCCCUGUUACAAGUGGAUAGUGGCAGUGGUUCUGAUUCUGAGCCUGGAAAAGGCAAAGGCCGGAAUAAUGGGAAGUCUCAAACUUUGGGAAACAAAUCAACUACAAAUGAGAAAAAAAGAGAGAAAAGAAGAAAGAAGAAGGAACAGCAGCAGAGUGAAGCAAAUGAGCUCAGAAAUCUUGCUUUUAAGAAAAUUCCCCAGAAAUCCUCCCAUGCCAUUUGCAAUGUUCAGCAUGAGCUUUCAUUGCCAAACCCGGCACAGAAAGAAUCGCGGGAAGAGAACUGGCAAGAAUGGAGACAGAGAGAUGAACAGGAUUAUGAAAAUUCCGAAAAUGCUUCAACUCAGUCUAAAACUAUAAAUAAAAAAGACAAGAGAAAGACCCAUCAGGGGAAAGACAAGCCUCUCACAGUGUCACUGAAAGACUUCCAGUGUGAAGAUCAUAAUAGUAAAAAGACUGAGGAAUCAAAUUCUUCUUCACACGAUGGGGGAUUCUUCAAUAAACUGGAAGAUGACGUUCAUAAGAUUCUUAUUAGAGAAAAAAGGAGAGAACAACUUACAGAAUAUAAUGGAACAGAUAAUUGUCCUGCUCCAGAGCACAACCAGGAAGUGGGUCUAAAGGAUGGAAGAAUUGAAAGACUAAAGUUAGAACUUGAAAGGAAAGAUGCUGAAAUUCAGAAGCUCAAAGCUGUGAUCACCCAGUGGGAGGCAAAGUAUAAAGAAGUAAAAGCAAGAAAUGGACAGUUGCUGAAAAUGCUUCAGGAAGGAGAAAUGAAAGACAAGGCAGAAAUCCUUCUGCAAGUCGAUGAGUCACAGAGUAUCAAGAAUGAGCUGACAGUCCAGGUGUCUUCACUUCAUGCUGCAUUGGAACAAGAGCGAUCUAAAGUGAAAGUAUUACAGGCAGAAUUAGCCAAAUACCAGGGCGGCAGAAAAGGGAAAAGGAACUCCGAGUCUGACCAGUGUAGGUGAUUACGGUAGCCUUUGAGGUCAGCACAAAAUACUUCCAGAAUUUUGCAGAAAUGUGUAUAUUUAAUGCUGUGCAACUGCUAAACUGCAGAGUUUUUUUGUUGAAGAAACUAAAAGCAACUAGCUCAUUUAAAGUCUACAAUUUUGUUCUUUUGGCCUAAAGUUAAAAGAAAAUAGAGAAUUCCAGCAGAACUUGAUUAUUGUUUUCUGUCCAAACUGCUUAUGGCUUUAGUUUUUCAUCAGUCAAUAAAAUUACUUUACUCUUCCACUAA